ACACUCUCCGGAGUCUAGGCGGCGGAGGGAUGUGAGGCGGCUGUGCCGGAUCUUUAUUCUGGAGCAGGCUGCCUGUGUGUGGCUGGAUCUCAUUGUGAUUGAAGUGCGCCGGUAACCGCUGGACUCCGCCGCGCUGAUACUUUGUGUCCCCUGUGGGUGUGUGUGAGAGACACCGUCACCGGAGACACCACCGGCCACCUCCUCCUCCUCACCCUGCUCCAGAUUGCUUCUAGGAAGUGCUGCGGGAGUCAGGAAUGCCUCCAGUUGUGGAAAAAUCUCUGAGCAAUCCCCGCAAGAGGACCAAAUCCGAGAGCCACUCAGAGGAGGAGUUCAGCGAGGACGAAGCACCGAGGGACAGUAUGAUCAGAGUGGGCUCCGAUUACCAAGCGCAACUCCCAGAGUAUAACCCAGGCAAGGCGCCACCACCUGACGAAGAUGAGGAAAUGCAGAAUAUGUUAGUUUGGUCGCCAAGCCAUUUAAUACCAGAUACAAAAUUGGAUGAGUAUAUCUCAAUGGCAAAAGAAAAGCAUGGAUACAAUGAAGAGCAGGCCUUGGGUAUGCUCUUGUGGCACAAACAUGACGUGGAACGCUCCCUAGCUGACCUGGCAAACUUUACUCCUUUCCCUGAUGAGUGGGGCAUCGAGGACAAGGUCCUUUUUGAACAGGCAUUCAGUUUCCACGGAAAAUGUUUCCAGCGCAUACAGCAAAUGCUUCCUGAUAAACCAAUUACUAGCCUGGUGAAACAUUACUAUUUCUGGAAGAAGUCACGGAGCAAAACAAGUGUGAUGGACAGGCAAGCUCGGCGACUGCAAAGCAAAAAGGAAAAUAGUGUUGAAGAAGUUGUUGAUGAACUGCCCAAGGUCGUUGACUCGGAGGUAGAUGCUAAUGGCCCCAAGAAAGAGGAAUCCCCCAAGCUCAUUUCAGGAGAGUCUGGAAAUCCUAUCCCAGUCAAAAAAGAACCAUUGAUUUCUCCGUACCGCCAUCACCCUGGGAGAUCCCGCAGGAGGCCUCCUAAAGGCAUGCACCUUAGCAAGGGUGAUAUUGCUUCAGUAUGUGCCAGUUCUGAAAUGCCAGCACUUACACUGUGCCAGCAGGAUACCCAGCUUGUAUCACUGAAGCGGCAGGUACAAAACAUUAAACAGGCAAACAGCAACUUUAGGGGAAUACUCAAAGGAGGGAUUACUGAUUUGAGGCCUCAGGAGCUGAAUAUUAAGCUUAAUUCGCGGUGGACAACAGAUGAGCAAUUGCUGGCUGUGCAAGCUUUCAGGAAAUAUGGGAAAGAUUUUGAUGCCAUCGCGGAAGUUCUUGCAAAUAAGACACCUUCACAAGUGAAGACCUUUUUCAUUGGUUAUCGUAGACGUUUUAACUUGGAUGAAGUAGUUCAGGAGUGGGAAGCGGAGCAGGGAGUGGAUUCAUCUGCAGCUUGUAGUGAUUCUGCCAGUAAGAGCGCUGCUUCCUCCCAGAUGAGCAGCGAAGAAGAUGAUGAGGUGCAAAUCACAUCUGUUUCUGCCUCCUCCCAGACAGUAACGACAACUUCAACAGCUUCUACAACUGCUACGGCUGCCACCAUCUCCCUCCCACCCCCAUUGCUAAGACCAACAAUUCCCUCUGUUCCUAUACUUCACCGUCAGCCACCACCACUCCAGCCGGGGCGUCUUCUCCAAGCUCGUCCUCCACCUCUUGUCCGGCCAGCUCCCCGCCAGAGCCCACGUGCACCACCUGCUUUACUGGGCAAUCAUGCAGAGCCAGCUUUCUCCUGAGAAAUCUUACGAAACCUCUGAUCGUGUUCAGUGUAUUAAUUGGGUGGGUUUAUUUAUGGAAAUAUUGGCUUGGUUAUAAAAGACCUGUGUACAGAAUUGCCUGUAUCGAACAGAACAGUAUUGAACAAUAAAUGGGCCUUGCGUGGAACUGGUGCUAUAAUAUAGUUGUUCUAAUGGCAUGUGGAGUGAUAAACCUCAGCACAAUGCCAAUGUGUUUGUCUUUUUUUUUU